UUGUUUUUCACUGUAACUAAGUUUACUGUAAGGGAAUUUUUUGUUCUAUUACAAGUGGUGCCACGAGCUGGGAGCACAAGAGCGAAAAGGUUCAAAGUGAAGGGCAAACCACCAACUGAGCAAAUUGAAGAAACACCAAGAGAAAUUAUCAUCGAGGAAAAUAAACCUGUUCAAGAAGAAAAGGCUCAGAUGCUAACUGAACCAGAAAGAACAGACCUUAGAGCAAUUGGUCCUUCGGCAAAAGCUGACUAUGAGAGGAAAAUUUACAUGGAUACUGAGGAGGUAUCACAAGCACUCUUGAAGGAAUUUGGUGUUUCUACUCUGUUUGGGACAUCAGGGAGGUGCGUACUUCCUCCAAACGUCCAACUUCAGCCUGGAUAG